AGAGAAAAGGCUUCCCAGAAUGCAGUCGGCUCUGACUGAGGCUACUCUGAGACACAUUGCCUGUAACCUGGGAAAAGAGUGGAAGGCUUUGGCAACCUACUUGGGUGUCAGGAGUGAUGAGGUUUACCGGAUUGAAGCUGAUCAUCAAGGAACAGGGGAGCAGAUAUUCCAGAUGCUGAUUAUUUGGUGGCAGCGAUGGGAUCAUCAGAGUUACAAUAGAAAUGGUAUUUCUGUGGAUGUUCUCUGUGAAUCUCUCAUCAAAUGUGGGAGAACUGAUGUAGCAGAUUCGUUGAGAGGUCCUAUAGCGGGUGUGGAUGACUUCAACCUUGACGUGUGCCGAGAUGAGUUCAUCAGAUACUAUAAAGACACACUGAGCGUGAUUCCUUUGCUUCCCUGGCUGUCUUCAGAGGUCAUAAAGAUACGAGAUAUGUUUGUUAAGAUGGCCCUUGGAGACAAAGAGAAUAAGGAUGGAAGAUUGGUGCGGUGUUACAUCAGCUCCUAUGAGGACAUGCUUCGUCUUGAAUAUGAUAACGGCCAACCCGUCAGAUUCAUCCUGCUUUCUGGUAUUGCUGGUAGCGGCAAGACAACUAUCGUGUCAAAGAUCGCCACCGACUGGGCACUUCAGAAACCAGGAUCACCUCUCUCUAAAUUCAGUCUUUUGGUUGCCCUAAGUGUGCGAGAAAUGAAGCGUGCCCCUGACUUUGGUGAAGCAAUAUUUGACCAGAUCCUGGCAAAAGAUACAGUGGUGAGACAAACCUCCCUAGAAAAUCACCUGAAGUCCCAUCCUCAAGAGGUCCUUGUUGUUUUGGAUGGAGCUGAUGAGUUUGACAAAGAGGGGUUCCAGCUACCAACUGAAGGUGACAUCAUGGACAUCAUCGGCAACAAGAUCCUCCGUGGAUGUACCGUCAUUGUCACCACACGCCCUCACAUGGUGGACAAGUUAUGCAAGCUCAAUCCUUCUUUCACUCGCGUCGAGACGAGUGGUUUUUCAGACAGUGGAGUUCGGGAAUACGUACAGAAGUUUUUCAAGGGGGAAGACCCCAAGAACUCUGCCGAACUCUGCAGUAUUUUGAUGGCAACCAAGAGCCUUAAGAAUUUGGCGAGAUCGCCGAUGAUGUUGUUGCUCAUUUGUCUUAUCUGGUCUGGGGAGCAUAGCUUACCAGAUACUCUAACAGAGUUGUUCCAAGAGGCAGUCAUGUUCAUGCUGAAACGAUACUUUGUGACAACCGACCAUCCUUGUCAAGGUGACGAAGAAUUGUAUUCAAAAGAGGUAUUACAGCUGGUUCAAGAUUUGGGAAAAACAGCACUUGACGGACUUAUGCUUCCAGGGCAGAAACUCAUUUUUGAGGCAUCUGAGUUUGGACAUUCCAAAAAAGUAGUAAAGUCUUGCAAAAUUGGAGUGCUGUCACAAGAAAAGGUUCGUAGUAAGCUUCGUGUGGUCCAGCAUGUCACUUUCUUUCACAAAACCUUCCAAGAAGCAAUUGCUGGUUUUUAUUGGGCCAGCCUGUUUGAGUCUGAUCAAGGUUCCUUCAAAAGGUAUCUCGGGCAGGUGAAUGAGAAAAACGUUAUAGGUCUUGAGUACCUGUUGCGAUUUUGUUGUGGAGUAAAUGUUAAUGCUGCAGAGUCCCUCCUUAAACACGUUGUUGGACAAGGAAGCAUGGAGAAAUUAGGGACUUUGUUGCUUAGGUUGCAUUUGGAAGCGCAGUCCAAAACAUUGCACGGCAUCAUGGCACCUAUUUUCAAGAAUGGCCUCUUCUUCGAUUUAAAAUGGGGAGGGGACAUCAGGUUGGGUUUUGAGUUUCUGAUAAAGUGUUCCUGUCAGCCCUCCGUAAGUCAGUCGUGCCUAAGUGAAGUGAAAAAUGUUACCAUUCUUAGGGUUAAUAAAAAUGUCCCACUGGUUGUUGACGUACUGCGACAUGCUGAGAAUGUGACCGAUGUCCUGUUAGAUUUUAGGCCCGCCGCAAGCGUUGAUACAAGCUUGCUUUUUGCCUUGGGCGACGCAAUGUGUCGGUCAACAUUUCUCAGCAAUAUAUCGCUGGUCGGCAAACUCAACUUAUCAGCCAUGUUUAAGCCCAUGGUGGAAUUACCCCCGGCUAGUUUCUUGCAGGGUUUUUUCUUAAGGGGUCCUAUGAUUGAUUCCAGGCUUUUGAAGAGAUUCAUUCAAAAGCAAGAUAAGCUUUGCCAGAUUUCGCUCUGCAAUGAAAACAUAAGCGAGCGGGACUGCACUUGCGAAGUUGAUGAAGCUGUUGGUAAUGAGGAGGCAGCUGAUGUUUCAUCAGGAGAUCAUCAAAUGCAGCCAUUGCAAAAAUUUACAGUAAGGUACUACAAGAGUCAGUUCCUGGCAGGUUGCUUCUUUGGUUGGUCCUGUCCACACCUCCAGGUGUUGGAACUUGUGGGGGUUAACCUCCACGAGGGAGAUUUUCACAGGGUCAGUGUCUUUCUCUCCCGAGCACGCCAACUGCAAGUGGUUGAUUUAUCCGAAAAUAGAAUCGGAGGUGCUUUCCUGAGGCUUGCAGAGCAGUUCAUUGCUUUACAAUGUCUGGAGGUGUUGAUACUUAAAGACGUGGGGAUGCUCCCGGAUGAUGUCUGUCAUUUUGCCAGGGGCACUUUACCACAGUUAGCAAAUCUGCGGAUUCUGUCCAUUGCCAGGAACAGUGCUCUCACUGCGAAGGCUUUACUUUCAGUCAUUCAGGGGUCACGUCAUUCCUCAUCUCUAAAAGAACUUAGCAUUCACAGCUGUGUAAAGGAGGAGCCUGAGGAAGAGCUCUCACAAAUAUCAGAUAGUGACGUGGAAGAUGCUUUUCCGAUGGUAGAGGAGACCCAAUUGAAGUAUCAAGGCUCACUUGAGAUUCUCUCUCUUCGUAACAACAAUCUCGGUAAAAGCUCCUCCAAAGUCAUAAGACUUUUAAAGGAAAUGUCCUGUUUAAAAUCAUUGGAUAUGAUGGAUUUGCCGCUGACCGAUUCCGAUUUGAUAUUUUUCGCUGAGGUUCUUCCUUGCUGUCAGCAGCUUGAAGAAUUAUUCCUGUCAAGAAAGGAUAAGUUUGGAAAUGUUGGAAUGGAAGCCCUUCUAAAGAUACUUCCUGAUCUACCACAAUUAAAGCAUAUGGAGUUGCCAGCGUACGAAGACAACGAGGGCACUGACUUCAUCCGAGAGUGUCUGAAACAUCGAUUUCCGUACAGCUCAGAGUGUCUCUUUGACCUGCCAGAUAUUACGAAAGUAAAACAAACCGUGCAAAAGUGCAGUGUAAAGACAUAGUCAAAAAUGAAAGGUUAUUUACUACGUUAGGUGCAGAAACAUCAUUUCCAACAGCGCCAACAAUCGCCACUCUUUCAUGUAGAAAUUGUUCCUCAUUAGUGAUCAAGCAGCAUCGCCCAUGAUCACUCCACCUUGACAUUUGUGGUGUCUUGAAAUUUGUCACUGUUUCUGUGUACUAUUAUUAAUAUCAAUAUGUUAUUUCAGUUAUGGACUAAUUAAAAAUAUAAUUACACUUAUCAUUGCUUAGUUUAGGUUUCCCUUUUUAUAAUUGAUUGUUCUUGUUUAUUUAUUUUGAUAAAUUGUCUUGUUCAUCGUUUUUUUGUUUGUUGGGGUGUUU